AUGCUAAUGCAUAUUUACGGUUAUAAGCAUGUUCAGAAAAUCGCCAUUGAUAUUUUCGGAAUGCGUUCGAACGGCAUAUUGUCUACAUUAGGACCACAUUCGCGUUUGUGGGAGAUAUGCUGGAAAUUCUUUGUUCCAGCAGUAGGUUUGAUGCAUGUCUUAUUUACAACGAUACGACAGGAUCCAAAGGUUGAAGACUACUCACGGCGAGACGAGUUCCCGUCAUGGGCGUUGGUAUGUUCCGAGGACACUUUUAUAUAAGU